AUAGAGCCUCCUGCGCAACUCCUUCUGCCUUUCCUCGGCGCCUUCCAUCUGUUCGAUCCGUUUAAAGCGAUCGCAUGAGAGAGAGAAGAGAAGAGAAGAGAGAGAGAGAGAGAGAGAGAGAGAGCGGGGCAACUGUCAUUCGCUACCUCCGUGCGGUCCUCGUCAUCUUUCACGAGCAUUCUCUCUUUCUGAGUCUCAUUUGGCAGAGAGACCUCCCAAAAACAGGAGCGGUUUUUGGCUUUUCUUUCUUUUUGUUUGUGGGGUUUGUGAGUGGGACUUGUUUUGACCAUUUUCCGAGUUUCUUCCGCCCAAGCCUCUCCCCGAAUUCCAGAUCGAUUUUGCUCCGCGAAGCCGUUCUUCUUGUUGCUGGGUCACAGAGAGAGGGGAAAGUGAAUGGACUAUCUCGCAUUGUGUAGUUUUGAGGGAACGGAGAGUGUGAAGUUGAGCUUCUGCAAUUCCUUGGUCUAUAAGAUGAUUCAUGUCUUCCAUCUUAAAGUUCUUGGAAUUUUCAUUGUUGACUACAUCACCGUAUUGAGAAAGGCACCUUCUUCUGAUCUACGAAAAUGUUUGGAUUUUUUAAAUCACCGGUCAAUAAGGUUUCCAAGCAAAACUCUGUGGACCCUCUGUCUUCAGGAACAAACCCUUUUGAUUCCGAUACCGAAUCUGACACCAAAUCGACCAUUAAACCUUCGAGGCGAGCAAAUUCAGAACCUGUGCUAAUUGUGCCGAAUCUUGGUAGCAAUCCUUUUGAUGAUGAUAAUAAUGGACGAAGAGGACGAAGAGGAGUUCCCUCCUCCGCAUCCUCUUACUCUGCUUCAUCAACACCACCGAAUAAGUAUAAGAAUGACUUUCGCGAAUCGGGAGGGCUAGAGAAUCAGAGCGUGCAAGAAUUAGAGAACUAUGCCGUGUACAAGGCAGAGGAGACUACGAGUACUGUCAACAACUGCCUUAAGAUUGCUGAGGAUAUUAGAGAGGAUGCCACGAGAACCCUUGACAUGUUGCAUCAACAGGGCGAGCAGAUCAGGAGGACCCACGAUAUGGUUGCCGAUACAGAUAAGGACUUGAGCAAGGGGGAAAAGAUCUUGGGAAACCUUGGAGGAAUGUUCUCCAAGACUUGGAAGCCGAAGAAGACCCGAGAAAUUUCAGGGCCUGUAGUCACAACAGACAAUUCAUCAAAAAAAAGUGACAAAAAACAGAGAGAGAAGUUGGGCUUGGCUCCUGUGCCGAAAGGGAAAGGGACUAGCCAUACGCCUCCGCCUGAACCAACAAAUGCAUUGCAGAAAGUCGAGGUUGAGAAGGCAAAGCAAGAUGAUGCUUUAUCGGAUCUUAGCAAUGUCUUAGGUGAACUAAAGAAUAUGGCUGUUGACAUGGGAGGCGAACUUGACAGGCAAAACAAAGCUCUCGACCAUCUUAGCGACGAUGUGGAUGAGCUGAACUCUCGAGUGAAAGGUGCCAACCAACGAACUCGUCGUCUGCUUGGCAAAUGAAGGGAGAGCAAGAGCAGGCUUCCCGGGCAUACCCUCUGAUUUGCCUUCCUAUGGCUGUUAUAGUGUGUUCUCUCUCUUUGUUUUACUAAGCCGAAAACGAAGAAUAUUUUUUGAUAGCUUGUACUACAUCAGCAAAUGAAAUGAACUAAUCUUUCUGCAAA